AUGCUUUCUCAGAAGGCGAAUUGCUGACGACCCAUCCAUAUCCAGCAUGCGAGACCACAAUUGAGAUCUGCAGUUUUAUCCUGCAUAUUGGACAGUUCUUCAAUUGGGAAAAUCACUGUGAGAUACACGAAAAAUGAAACUGUGCCCGCACCUUGAGUUGGUAAGCAAAUCAGAGGGCACUUCAACAGUGCAGAAGCAGGGUACAGCGAUCUAUUAUGAUGCAUAAAGUAUACUAAUUGAAUCUGUUAA